GAUUUGAAUCCCGCUAUCAAACUUCAAUUACGAAUAAUCUAAACCGCGUAUCGGUUCCUUUCGUGUCCGAUACCUAAUUUUGUGACGUUUGCUCUGCAACUUGAAGGAUCUGGAUUUUUUGGUCUCUACUUUGUGUAGCUAUGUCUAUGCUACAUAGGAGUUUCAAGCCCGCCAAAUGCAAAACUGCGUUGAAGCUUGCGGUGUCGCGCAUAAAGCUGUUGAAGAAUAAGAGGGAUGUACAGCUAAAGCAGCUGAAGAGGGAAGUAGCUCAGUUGCUCGAGUCUGGGCAAGACCGGACUGCCAGAAUUCGGGUUGAACAUGUUGUCAGGGAGGAGAAGACAACAGCAGCAUAUGAACUUAUUGAGAUAUACUGCGAACUUAUAGUGGCACGUCUAUCAAUCAUUGAGUCACAAAAAAACUGUCCCAUUGAUCUGAAGGAAGCAAUUUCAAGUGUAAUAUUUGCAGCUCCAAGAUGUGCAGAUGUUCCCGAGCUAAUGGAUAUUCGCAAACAGUUUACUGCUAAAUAUGGAAAAGAUUUUGUCUCUGCUGCCAUUGAAUUACGUCCAGAUUGUGGUGUAGGCCGCAUGUUGGUUGAGAAAUUAUCGGCCAAGGCACCUGAUGGCCAGACCAAGAUCAAAAUCUUGAGUACCAUUGCUGAGGAAAAUAAUGUCAAAUGGGAUCCUAACUCCUUAGAGGAGCAAGAUUCCAGACCCCCUGAGGAUAUUCUGAAUGGACCAAACACCUUUGAGAAGGCCAGUAAAAUAUAUGUGGAGCCUCAUGUCCAAGUUCCACCUAGUCAUGAUGACAAGGGACCUCCUAAUGUUCGAUCAUCGCCUCACUUGCGAAAUCCUGAUUCAGAUAUUGGGGCCAAAGGAGGUGCAACAUUUGGCACAUUUCAAGCAGAUAUGGGAUCUUCAGGAAAUGAAACUGAAGAGACAGAGUCUAGGCAUUCAUAUUCUGGCAGUGGCAAUGCUCUUUCAAUGGGCAGGCAGAAUUGGAAUAUGGAAUUUAAGGAUGCUACUGCUGCUGCACAGGCAGCUGCUGAAUCUGCAGAGCGUGCAAGUAUGGCUGCCAGAGCAGCUGCAGAGCUUUCUAGCCGUGCGAAGGUCAUUAAGCAAUAUUCUGUGAAAUCACAUAAGUCUUCUACUGAUGUGCUAAGCGGUGAAGGGUCUCAAAAAUAUUCUUCUUCAGAAUCUCGAGGUGAACCCGUUGCCAAACGUCCAGUUAGUAAUGCCUUUCCUGGAAGAAAUUCUUCAAUCCAUGAUGAAAUCGAUCAUGCUGAACGAGAUAUCCUGGCAGGAGCAACUGAAAGUUUUUACAGGGAUGAGCAUAAGGACAGUGCUACAUCUACCUGGUCAGCUUCCUCGAAGUCAACUACAGCUUCCAUUGAUAAGAAUCCAUUGGCUAGUAGUUCCCAAGAGACAGACAGAUAUCCUCAAAAGACUUUGUCUGAGCUGAAGAACAGAGAAUCUUUUGGUCGAGUAAGCUUGAAGAAACAAUCCAGCAACAAUGAGAUAGAAAUUUUAGGUGAACUGAAUGAUGGUACAGAAUCUGAGAACAGCAACAAUGAGAUAGAAUUUGUUGGUGAGUUGAAUGAUGGUACUGAAUCUGAGAAUGUUAAUUAUAUUGGAGAAUUAGGGACCAGAAGGCAAUCCAGCAGAGCUUCCUCUGAUUCUUAUUCUCGCACUUUUAUUAAUGACCACAAUGAUAUUUUGAAUUUGAACCACCCGAAGUUAGGGCGUGGUGCUGGUCAGAGACCUUUUGUUAUUGAUGAAGGAAACACCCACAAUGAGAUAGAAUUUGUUGGUGAGUUGAAUGAUGGUACAGAAUCUGAGAAUGUUAAUUAUAUUGGAGAUUUAGGGACCAGAAGGCAAUCCAGCAGAGCUUCCUCUGAUUCUUAUUCUCGCACUUUUAUUAAUGACCACAAUGAUAUAUUGAAUUUGAACCACCCGAAGUUAGGGACUGGUGCUGGUCAGAGACCUUUUGUUAUUGAUGAAGGAAACACCCAUAGUGACAAUGAGAAGACAACUUCUUAUGACAAGGGUUUUGUAGUUUUUGAUGAAUAUGGUUCAGAUGAUGGUGAUGACUAUAAAUUUGAUGUAGAAAAUGAGUUCAAGGGACAAGAAUCGAGUUUGUAUUUUUCAUCUCCAGGUAGAAAAUCAGCUGUAAAUCUCUUAGAAAAUACAGAUGCUUGGAGACUCGGGAAAAACAUGGAUGAACCAUUUGAAAAGUCCAUUUCUCAGUCACAUUCUUUCGGUGGGCGGCAUUCUUCACAUGUAUUUCCUGAAACUUCUUCAGUUCCUACAGAACCACAUGACUCAUUGGAUGCAACAUUUGACAAUUCAGAUGACCAAAGUUCGGAUGAUAAUGAGAAUCUAGAGAAAUCAAAGUUUGUUGCGAAUACGGAGCCUGGUAUAUAUCCUAGCAAACAGGAUGUUUACGAAAGAAAUUCUGAGUUGAACAAAAGUGCUAGUCAUGGGUUAAUAGGAUCCUCAUCUGCGGAGAAGGAACAUGUGGCAUAUAAGAGAAAGCCAUUAUUGCCACCCUCUUCAGUUGAUUCGGAUCCCAUGGAAGUAUGCCUUGAAACAAACCAAGGGAAAGAGCUUCAUGCUGUAUCUGAUAGAAAGUUUGGUAAUAGUGACCUGCCAUCUUCAAAAUAUGAGAUAUCUGGAUCAGAUUCGAGCAUUGAGGACAAGGAACACAUGCCACAGUUACCAGAUACUUGGAAAGAUAAUGAACUUCUGAAAGAGUCUAGUUUAGAAAGUGGUAAUGAGUUGAAGUUUGGAAAGUUAACAGGCGGCCUUCGGAAUAAGGGUCUCAGGCGUCCACCAUAUUCUAGGGAUCCAUCAGGCCAUGCCUCAUUAUUCAAACAAGCAUCAGGCGAUUCUUCUUCCAAGAUUGAGCAAUUUUCUUCUCCAGUAAUGGUCAGGACUACAAUUAAUCCUGAUGCUCACAAUCAAGAGCCACACAAUCAGAAAGUGACUUCAAAACAAAGUAAAGGACCGAGCUCAAAAGAUUUGGUCUCCUCUUCUGAUUCUGAUAAUGACGAUUCGGAGCAACCCUCACCACAGAAUAUUAGUAUCAAUCAAGAGCCAUACAAUCGAAAAGUAGGAACUGAAGUCAAUGAGAAUUCAAGCUCAAAUAUCCGAAUUCCAUAUUUUGAUGCAGAUACCAGUGAUUCUGAGGAAGAUCUUCCUAAACAGGCUUCCACCAGCAAUAUUCGCCCAAUUACUGGGUUUUCGCGAAGGACAAAAGCUGCUUCUUCAAGUACAAGGAGUUCUUAUUUGAAGGCUACGGAUGGUUCUGAUGUGUCAUUGACUCCUGACUAUGAAGCGAGAAGGAAAUCCUCUUCAAGAAGCUCCUAUGCUACUGAAGUUCCAGCAAAGCCCUUGUCUCAGACCAAGAGCUCGGAUCAUUUGGGAAGUUCUGAGCGGCGUGUGACAGCAGAGCAGUCAACUUCUAAGCCAAUGCCAGCGUCCAAAAGGUCCUUGAAAGAGGAAAGUUUAAAGUCAUCCACAAGGAAAUACUCCUCCAGUUCUCUUCCAAAGAUACGAGCAUCAGGUAGCUCUGAAAUUUCAGAAUCUGCAAGUCUGAGUACGGAGACUCCACCUACAGAAAAGGCUAGUCAUGUUCACCCAAAGCUUCCUGACUAUGAUGCCCUAGCUGCACAAUUCCAGUCUCUCCGACGGAGUCGCGAAUGAAUUUAGUUACUUGCACAUAAAAUAUAGGCUAUUUUUACGUGAUUAUUAUGGCCAUUAUUAUUAUUAUUAUUAUUAUUAUUAUUAUAGAAUUGGUGGUGUUGUAAUCACCUUCUUUAUCUGAGACUUAAAUGAACUUGUUUAUAGGA